AUUUAUAAUGAUAAUGGUGGCAUCAGGGUUAGCUUAAACUGGGCUAAGUUUGUUACUGCUUAGUAAGAUUAUUGUUUCAAGUUUUCUGUAUUCCCAGACUUAGAAUUUGAGUUUUUGAUUGAUAUAUUUCCUGUGUGGAAAUGGCGAGUGCAGGAAGUUCGUCAAGAUCAGAUUUUAUCGUUGGAGCGAAGUACAGACUUAUACGAAAAAUAGGAAGUGGAAGUUUUGGAGAUAUUUAUCUUGGCAUCAACAUCACAAAUGGCGAGGAAGUAGCAGUAAAGCUUGAGUCAACAAAAGCUAGGCACCCACAGUUGUUAUAUGAAAGCAAGCUAUACAAAAUUCUGCAAGGAGGUGUGGGUAUUCCUCAUAUACGAUGGUAUGGACAAGAGAGAGAUUAUAAUGUCUUGGUGAUGGACCUUUUGGGACCUAGUUUAGAGGACCUUUUUAACUUCUGUUCCAGAAGGUUUACAAUGAAGACUGUGCUUAUGCUAGCAGAUCAGAUGAUUGGAAGAAUUGAAUAUGUUCACAAUAAGAACUUCAUUCAUAGGGACAUCAAGCCAGACAACUUUUUAAUGGGCAUCGGAAGACACUGUAAUAAAUUAUUCCUGAUUGAUUUUGGCCUUGCAAAAAAGUACCGUGACAACCGAACUCGUCAGCACAUCCCAUAUCGUGAAGACAAGAAUUUAACUGGCACAGCUAGAUAUGCAAGCAUAAAUGCUCAUCUAGGAAUUGAGCAAAGUCGAAGAGAUGACAUGGAAUCCUUGGGCUAUGUUCUUAUGUAUUUCAAUCGAGGAACACUUCCCUGGCAAGGUCUAAAGGCUGCAACUAAAAAACAAAAAUAUGAGAAGAUCAGUGAGAAAAAAAUGUCAACUCCAGUAGAAGUCCUCUGUAAGGGUUUUCCUGCCGAAUUUGCAAUGUAUCUGAACUACUGUCGAGGGCUGCGGUUUGAAGAAGCUCCUGAUUACAUGUAUUUACGCCAGCUUUUCCGUAUCCUAUUCCGGACACUUAAUCAUCAGUAUGACUAUACUUUUGACUGGACCAUGUUAAAGCAGAAGGCUGCAGCUUCUGCAGCUGCUAUUGGUGGUACAUCUCAAGCUGUGGCCACUUCAGGUGGUCGUUAGAAGUUUCCUGCCACAGCUGAAGUAAUCCACACAAAAAGACGUAGAAUCAUUUUGAUAUAUCUCUAUAGUAAGGACCAACAAGGGUCGGGCUGUGCUGUUUCUGGCCACGAUGAUGUAUAGUCUUUUGUGUUUAGCUACAUAAUAGACUUGACUGAAAAGUGUCAUGUGAUUGACACUACAAGUACCUCGUGAAACCUUGAGUUCAUUAUAUAAAAGUGUUUCUAAUGGACAAGCUCACUUCAGCAGGAAGGGGUGGUCUGUUUGAAGUGACAGAAUUUCUCUACAUGUUUCUUUUUUUUCCUAUACAAAUAUUUCUUCAUGGUUUCUAUUCUCUUUGUAUAAAGUUAAACUGUAGUGGCAGACUUACAUGCCUAUAAACUGAUGUUUUUUUGAUGUACAAGUCUGAUGACUUUUUUUAAUUGGUGUUUGGUAAUUGUAAGUUGUUCUUGUAUGUGGGUAUAAAUGUUUAUAAAAGUGUAUAAACCUUCAGGCUAAUAGAAGUUUUUAUUUCUUGCUGAAGAAAUGUACAAGUCAUAUACAUAAAAUAAAUCUGCAUGUAAACUAAUAAAAUAGGAAAGGGUUCUUGUUUUAUAUAUAUAUACAUAGAUACAAAACAGCUUAGCUUAGUCAACACUUUGGUUGUAGAAGUAAAAGCUAUACCUUUAGCUGCCUUUAUUUUAUUGCAAUACUAAAAUAUUUAUAUAAUUUUUUUAGUAAUGAGUAGGAGUUCUUUUAUUCUUGCACCAUUUUGUCUUGAAGGAUGUUUAAAUACUGAGAGAAGAGUGGACCUGAGAGGUGACAUGUCAACCAACUCUGGUUGAAAUUCCCACUGUUUUAAACAAAAGGAUUAAACUUAUGAUACUAUACUAAAUGUACUUAUUGAAGAAUGGAGGUGCUUUGAUGUAAUAAAACAUUUCAUUGGUUAAGGAUUAGAUGUGAACUUGUUAAUUUUUGAGGAGUGAUUCAUGAAAAGUGUACAGUUUAUUGUGUGUUCAUAAGUCACUGAAGAGAAUGAAGCAAAUCUUAUAUCAUGUGAAAAAGUAAAAGUAAUGUUUUACUUUUCAUUAAAUUCAAAUGAUUGUCAGUGUUAACUUUUUUGAUUUACACAGAUUCCAUCCAAGAUAAGGUAGUUAAUUUCAGGCACACAGUAAUAGAAUGAAGUGAUUUCAUAGUCACAGUGUAGUAAAAUAUAAUCCAGCAUGAGCUUAUAUGACUUGCAGUGUAACUUGAAACUUUCUAAAUAAUCAAAACUCUUUGCUGAUGUGAAACAUGUAUCACAAACAAUUGAAUGAAUUGUAUCUGUUAAGAUUGGUUUGUUUAAUAUGUUAAGCCUAAAACAGAACUAGCAGUUACGCUUGUCGAAAGCAAACUGUCAACUUCGUAAUGAUGGGUAAUGCAAUCAUAGAAAUCUUAUUAUGUUUUAUAAGUUAUUUGUAGUAAAAAAUGUUGUUGGUUUUUCCUGAAAAUGUGUUAAAGUUUAAUAUAAAGAUUGAAAACAAUAUAUGUACGGCACCUAUGAGAUUUAGAACUUAAGUAAUGUGUGCAUCUUAUUUAAAGACAAACAAAGGCUCGCUUUAAACAAGGUAAGUGUUGGCACACAAGUUGUAAAUCAUCAAUAAAGGUCUUGUAAAAAAAAAAGAUCAUAAUCGUUGUUUCCAAAACUAUAUUAAAUGAGAGUUGGUAAAAAGAAGGAUCAGUUAAUUACUGAUGAAUGAUUUAUCUGCUUUGCCAGUCUGUUUAUGUACUCACACCAGUAUAUGCUUGCAUUUCAUUUAAUAUAUUUUCAAGGUUCAUUAAAAGGCAUUAAUAAUAUGUUCAGAAAACAGGUUAAUAUACCAUCAACAUUCAGGAAUUACCAAAAUUUUUAAAUCCUCUACGUAAGCUCAUACUGUAAAUGUUUCAGGUAAAUAUUUUAUGCUAUUUCGGUUGUACUUCUAUAAGGAUAUAAUAAAGUAUGUAUAGAAUUAGUUAAUCUUCGAGGUAAAGUUGAAAUAUAGUCUACUUAUGUUCCAGUUAUGGUCAUCAUUGAUGUGGUUUUUACCUUUAAGAAGUAAUGCAACUGAUGAUACAUUCGUUAUUUUUGCUGCAAAAUAUAUUUUUAUUUUUUAAAUGUCCACAUUGUCAGAGAUAAUCAUAAACAGAUUUGAAAGGACUAGAAGCAUCUAGUUUAUGAGAUGAUGUGUCUGUUUUUUCAGCAUCUCAUAAAUUUCCUGAAACUAAGAAAUUUUUAAAAUUAAUAUUUUAUAUUCUUUUAAGCAUUUUAAUUGUGUUUUUCAUUUCAAGGAAGUAUUCCCU